GACAUAUUCUUGGCCACGUAUUUUUUAAUUCAGGUUCUCUUUUCAAUUUCAAGAAUUCAUUCGGCGAUACAAGUUUCACAAUAAUACAUAAAAAAAUGUUAAAAUAUUUGCUUUUGUUAAGUAUAUCUAUAUUUGCAGUUAACUCUGCAGAAAGUGAUGUCCAAGAACUAGGUGAUAAUGAUUUCGAAAGUAAAAUUGCUGAUCAAGAAACAACUUUGGUUAUGUUUUACGCACCUUGGUGUGGUCAUUGUAAAAGGCUGAAACCGGAAUACGCAAAAGCUGCCGAAUUAUUAAAAGAUAACGAAGACAAAAUUAUUUUGGCAAAAGUUGAUUGUACUGAAGCCGGUAAAGAAACUUGUAACAAAUUUUCUGUAAGUGGGUAUCCAACAUUGAAAAUAUUUCGAAAUGGCGAAUUUUCAAAGGACUAUAAUGGUCCUAGAGAAGCUGAUGGAAUAGUUAAAUACAUGAAAGCGCAGGUUGGACCCGCCUCACGGGAAAUUUCUAAAUUAUCAGACUUCGAGAAAUUCAUUUCCAACAAAGAAGCUAGCAUAUUUGGUUUCUUUGAAAGCGAUUCUGACUUGAAAAAGACUUUCUUUAAGUUUGCAGACAAAAAAAGGGAGAAACUUAGAUUCGGUCACACUUCAGCUAAAGAAAUUUUGGAUAAACAAGGUGAAAAAGACGCUAUAUAUAUUUUCAGACCACAUCAUCUCAAUAGUCAAUUUGAGGACUCAUUUGCUAAGUUUGAAGGCUCCACUUAUUCUGAAUUAAGCGACUUUGUAGCUGAAAAAAUUCAUGGUUUGGUUGGACAUAGAACAAGAGAGUCAGCAUCUGAUUUUUCACAUCCAAUAAUCAUUGCUUAUUAUGAAGUAGAUUAUGUUAAAAACAAUAAAGGAACUAAUUACUGGAGAAACAGGAUUUUGAAAGUAGCAAAAGAAUUUGAAGAGUUAAUUGAUUCUAAAAAAAUUAAAUUUGCUAUUAGUGCCAAAGCAGACUUCCAGCAUGAGUUAAAUGAAUAUGGAUAUGACUUUGUGGGUGUUAAGCCUGUUAUCUUGGCUAGAGAUGAAAAGAAUCUUAAAUAUUCAAUGAAAGAAGAAUUCUCAGUAGAAAAUUUACGAAACUUUGUGAACGCAUUCUUAGAAGGUGAACUUGAGCCAUAUAUAAAAUCUGAACCACUUCCAGAUAGUAAUACCGCUCCAGUAAAAGUCGCUGUUGCUAAAAAUUUCGAUGAACUUGUAUUAAAUAAUGGAAAAGAUACUUUAGUUGAGUUUUACGCUCCAUGGUGUGGACAUUGUAAAAAAUUAACUCCGAUAUAUGAAGAAGUUGCCACAAAAUUAAUUGAUGAAGAUGUGGUUUUAGUAAAAAUGGAUGCAACUGCAAACGAUGUCCCACCUCAGUUCGAAGUAAGUGGGUUCCCAACACUAUUUUGGUUACCGAAAGAUUCAAAGGACAGUCCAGUUUCUUAUAGAGGAGGUCGUGAAGUUGAUGAUUUUAUUAAAUUUAUUGCUAAGCACGCCACAAAUGAACUUAAAGGUUUUGAUCGGGAUGGCAAAGCUAAAAAGACCGAGCUUUAAAUUUGUUUAAAAUGUGCGUUUAUAUUUUGCAAAUAAAAAAAUUUUAUGUAAGAGGUUGCGAGAAAAGAAAAAAAUUAUUCUAAGUAGUAGUUUUUACAAAUUUAUUUUAAGUCAUAAUCAGCAUUUAACAAAUUGAAAAAUUUGAUCAUUCCCCAAAAAAACAAAAACUGCUUAAAUGGAAGAUAUUAUAUUUAUUUUUAAUUUUAAAUAUCAGAUAAGCAGUAGAUAACGUGUGCACGGAAUUAAGUAAAUUAAAUAAUUUGAGAAAAUAUACAUAGUUAAAAGAAUUCGAUUUCUAAGCCUGUUUUUUUAAUAUUUAGAGAGUAAGCGAUUCUUUUUUUAUAGAAAACAGAAAUAUUGAAUAAAACUUGAAUUUUUGUCUGAA